AUGUUUCAUCUACUCAAGAAAUAUGUUCCUUUCACAUGGAUAGAUAAGUGUCAGGCUGCUUUCCUUUCCAUUCAGAAGUACUUACAGAAUCCACCGGUUUUGAUGCCACCUGUACCUGGGAAGCCUUUGAUUCUCUAUCCGUCUGUAACCUUGUCUUCCAUGGGAUGUUUGCUAGCUCAAGAAGGGGACAAAGGAGUUGAGAAAGCUAUCUAUUACCAGAGCAAGAAAAUGGUCGGAUGUGAAGAGCGCUACACUUCUUUGGAAAAGACAUGUUGGGCUCUUGUAUGGGCCUCCAAAAAGCUGAGGCACUACAUGUUGGCUUAUCCAGUGAACCUGAUUUCUCGAAUGGAUCCUCUCAAGUAUCUAUUUGAGAAACCUAUGCUCACUAGUAAACUAGUGCGCUGGUUGCUUUUACUGGCGGAGUUCGAUCUUGAGUACGUUACAAGGAAAUCAGUCAAAGGGCGUGCAGUUGCUAAAUUCCUAGCUGAUCACCCUGUUGAUGGACUAAAGGACUCUAAUUUUGUGUUUCCGGAUGAGGGGGUGCUAAUAGUUGUUGAAGACAUUUGGACACUCUACUUUGAUGGGGCAGCCAACCAAAAAGGAUUUGGGAUCGGGGUGUUGCUGAUUACGCUUGAUGACUCUCAUAUUUCACUUUCGUUCAAACUCAAUUUCAAUGUCAUUGGGGAUUCUAAUCUUGUGGUCUCUCAAGCCAACGGGGACUGGAAAGUCCGUGAGGAGAAGCUGAAACCUUAUCAUCAAGAUUUGGAAGAGCUGAUUCCUCAUUUCAACAAAGUGACCUUCACUCAGAUUCCUCGGUUGAAGAACCAGUUUGCCGAUGCUUUGGCAACCUUGGCCUCCAUAGUCGAGCUUCCACUAGGUGUCAAACUGCGACCUAUCUUGAUUGAACAGAGGGACUUUACUGCUUAUCAGUAUGUCAACGCCAUCGAUGAUGUUGAUGACGGCCUACCCUGGUAUCAUGACAUAUGGAACUUUGUUGAGAGUGGGAUGUAUCUGGCUGAGGCCACUAAGAAGGAUCAAACUGCGUUGCGAAGGUUGGCUGCCCAGUAUAUCAUCUGUGGAGGAAAGUUGUACAGGAGGUCUCACUGUGGAAUGCACAAGCUUUGUGUCAACAACACAGAGGCGACAAGGAGAAAAUUCAUGAAGGAGUCUGCAGUCCUCACUUGA